GCAGCCAGUAGCAUUGAAGUUUUUUCUGGCUUUAAAUUUAUGUUAUACAUUCGUUUUAUAGUCGCAUUAUUUCACUUUCACGUCGCAACACUUUAUAACGCGGUGCAUUAAAAUCUGCGGCGAAAGGAUGUGAAGUAUUUCCUGUCUGUAAUCUUUCCGGUUGUCUUCAUCAAAAAUUAACGAACUGAAAGGAAUUUUGGUAUUCAUUUCAAAACUCUAUCACAUUCUGUAACGGUAAAUUCUGUUUUUGUGUUCUAAACUAUGGAAUCUAUGAAAAGUUUAGAAAAUCAUUCUGAUGUCGAAUCUGAAACUGCGGAUGUCGACAGUACAAGAAGUGAUUCUCCAGUUUUCGUUUAUGAAGUUCCCAGUGUUUUACAGUCCACUGAAGCUGAUGAAAGCUAUAUAAAGGUAGCAGAAACUAUUAUUCAUCAUUCUAUGGAGGCUGCAAAAGGAAAAGAAAUUUCAGCACCCUAUGAAGUACCACAUUUUCCUAUUGAAAAGGAUCAGUCACGCCGUGCUAUACAAAGACAGCUUUCUACGAGAGCACAGAAAGAACUACAAGAGAAAAUGACGUAUGAUUUUAAUUUAUCUCCAAAUGACGUGGUGGAUAAUCGUGUUCCACUUUACGACAGACUUUUUGUGCCUCAUUUCCAAAGAGUGUCUGUUGGUGGAGAGCAUUGUUCAGGGGUACCCUUAGAAGAUCUUCAACAAGCAUCUUCUCUAUUAUUGCAAGCUUUGAAGUUAAGACAGAAGUACAUGUCGUACUCGGGGCAAUCGUUUGCAGCCAUUACAGCACGUUUUCUGAAACCUAGAGAUGAACACUGGAUUUUAAAUGGCCAAAAUGUAAAAUUGGAUGAUUCUGAUGGUUUCAAGAAAAUUUUUACAAAAGGCCCAGUGCUGAAAGAAUUGCCUAUAACAGAACCUCCGACUGUUAAAGAACCAUGGAAAGCAGAAUAUAUUGAAGAUUGGGAUUGUCAUUUUGUGAUAGAAAAAGGGAUUUUUGAAGUAUUCCGAGCUCCAAAAGGAACCGAAGCUGCUAAGAAAUGUGAUUUUCAUUUCCCUCCACUCUCUGAAUUUGUUGCAGAUAAACAACUGAUGUGUGCUAUGAUAGCAGAUGGCCCACUGAAAUCAUUUUGCUACAGAAGAUUGACGUAUCUCUCAGCUAAAUAUCAGCUUCAUGUUCUACUAAAUGAGCUUCGAGAGCUGGCAGCUCAAAAAGCAGUGCCUCACAGAGAUUUUUAUAAUACUAGAAAGGUUGAUACUCAUGUUCAUGCUGCUUCUUGCAUGAAUCAGAAACAUCUUUUACGUUUUAUCAAAAAGUCAAUGAAAGUACAUGCAGAUGAUGUUGUACGAAUAUCUGAUGGCAAGCCUAUGACUCUAAAACAGGUGUUUGAAGCUUUGAAUCUGACUACAUAUGAUUUAAGUGUUGACAUGCUGGAUGUUCAUGCUGAUAGGAAUACUUUUCAUCGAUUUGAUAAAUUUAAUGCAAAAUAUAAUCCAAUAGGUGAGAGCUCUCUCAGAGAAAUAUACUUAAAGACAGACAAUUAUGUUGAAGGAAAAUAUUUUGCUGCAAUACUAAAGGAAGUGAUUAGUGAUUUAGAAGAGAGUAAGUAUCAAAAUGCUGAAUUUCGCCUUUCCAUAUAUGGACGCAAGAUGGAGGAAUGGGAUCGUUUAUCCAAAUGGGCAUAUAAACAUAAUGUAUAUUCAGAUAAUGUAAGGUGGCUCAUUCAAAUCCCUCGUUUAUACGAUAUUUUUAAAUCUAAUAAAUUAGUUAAUAAUUUUCAACAAAUUUUGGAAAAUAUAUUUCUGCCACUUUUUGAAGUUUCUGCAAAACCAUCAAGUCAUCCAGAAUUACAUUUAUUUCUGGAACAUGUUACAGGUUUUGAUUCUGUUGAUGAUGAAUCAAAGCCAGAAAAUCCUGUUUUUGAUAAGGAUGUUCCUGUACCUCAAGACUGGACUGACCCUGAAAAUCCACCAUAUUCAUACUAUUUAUAUUAUAUGUAUGCCAAUAUAUGUGUCUUGAAUCACUUCAGAAGGCUUAGGGGACUGAAUACAUUUGUCCUUCGGCCUCAUUGCGGUGAAGCUGGUCCUAUCCAACAUUUAAUCACAGGUUAUCUUCUUAGUGAGAACAUUUCGCAUGGCUUGUUACUGAGGAAGGUGCCUGUCUUGCAAUAUUUGUAUUAUCUUGCGCAGAUAGGCAUUGCAAUGUCACCUUUGAGUAAUAAUUCUUUAUUUCUGAAUUAUCAUCGAAAUCCUCUCCCAGAAUAUCUAAGUCGAGGUUUGGUUGUUUCUCUGUCAACAGAUGAUCCUUUACAGUUUCACUUUACUAAGGAGCCACUCAUUGAGGAAUACAGUAUUGCAGCUCAAGUACUCAAGCUUAGCAGUUGCGAUAUGUGUGAAUUAACUCGUAACAGUGUAUUAAUGAGUGGUUUCCCAGAUAAGUGGAAACGAUACUGGUUAGGUCCAAAUUACAUGAAAGAAGGUGUUGCUGGAAAUGACAUUAGUCGGACCAAUGUGCCUGACAUCAGAGUGUCUUAUCGAUAUGAAACUCUUGUGGAAGAAUUGUCUACUAUAUCAUAUUCAACAUUACUUCAGUCUCAGGGUACUCAAUUUGUUUCUACCAACAAAACUUAAAAUGUUUAUAUUUUUUAAUAUAUAAAAGUAAGUAAAAUGUAAAAUAUCUUAUGAUGGGAGAUAUUUUAGGUUCCGUGUAUUUGUAGUCAUUGUAUAAUGAUUUUAAAGUUCAUUCUUAGAUGAACUGAAAAUUAUAUAGAAUAUUUUUAUCUUAUGUGUAUAAUUUUCAUAUUUUAUUUAAAAAGUAAAUUUUGUAUUUAUGGCAUUGGACUGUUAUUUACUGUUGUAUUUUUAAUAUAGAACUUUUCUCAUGAGAUUAAUUUUAAAAAUC